AUGGCUGGGAGAUCUGAUGCUUUGACGACUGAAGAGAUAGCAAAUAUUUUAGAUGGGAGUUUUUUUGAAGGUGAGUUAUGCUCUGACAAUGAAGAUGGUUUGGAAGAAAGUGGCCAUGACAGUGUAUCAGAAAUAUUUGGUGAUGAUUCUGAUAAAGAUCCGGAUUUUGUACCAAAUGAACCACAACAAAGAGAUGAAUCAGCAGAUGCUUAUGAUAGUUCCGAAAAUGAUGAAGAAUCACACAAUGAAAUCGUUCAACCCGUGAAUGAUGAAGAUGAUCCUGCAAUUAGAUUAGCUGGAAGGGCAGUAGUACUCAUCUCUUCGAUGCAUCAUGAUGGAGUAAUUCUGAACGACCGUGAAGGCAAACUUCCAGAAAUUAUUGACUUCUACAACAUAACAAAAGUGGGAGUAGACUCCUUGGACCAAAAAUGUGCGCAGUUUUCCGUCAGUCGUCGCACUCAGAGGUGGCCUAUGACAGUUUGUCCGGACCUGGCGCCUAGUGAUUUCCACUUAUUCCCGAAGAUGAAGACUUGGCUUGCAACACAGCGCUUCGAUGACGACGCAGAUCUCCGCAAGGGCGUGACUGACUGGCUGGCGUCACAAUUCUAUGACACGGGAAUUUCAAAGCUAGUUCACCGAUAUGACAAAAAAUGUCUAAAUUUGUUUGGCGAUAAUGUCGAAAAAUAG